GGCGCGGCGCUUCCUCCCGCUCCCCGCCCGUCGCUUCCGCGCGUUGCGGCCGCGGCCGCUCCCCGUCCUCCCGCCUGGGGCCGUGCUGGGCGGCGGCUGCGGCGGGGCCCGCGCCAUGGCGGCGGAGCGGGGGGGCUGCUCCCUGGACGCGGUGCCGCUGCCGCCCGAGGUGCGCGAGAGCCUGGCGGAGCUGGAGCUGGAGCUGUCGGAAGGAGACAUCACUCAGAAAGGGUAUGAAAAGAAAAGAGCAAAGCUGUUAGCACGGUACAUACCACUAAUUCAAGGUGUGGAUCCAUCCCUGCAAGCAGAGAACAGAGUGCCAGGCACCUCGCAAGCUACUGCUGCUGUGUCUAAACAGCAGAAAUCACGUUCUACUAACUCAAGGGAUGAGCGCUUCCGAUCUGAUGUCCAUACUGAAGCAGUACAAGCAGCUCUUGCGAAAUACAAAGAGAGAAAAAUGCCCAUGCCUUCCAAGAGACGGUCUGUUCUUGUGCACUCUUCAGUAGAAACAUACACACCUCCAGACACAUCGUCAGCAUCAGAAGAUGAGGGCUCGUUACGUCGGCAAGGGCGGAUCACCUCCACUCCGUUCCAGAGCCAUUCCAACGUAGAGCCCUGGCUUAACCGUGUUAUUCAGGGCUCGUCCACCUCAUCCUCUGCAUCCUCCACCUCAUCUCAUCCAGGAGGGAAACCUGCUGCUGCUUCCAAUACUGCUACUGCCACCGCUGCUGCCACUGUGCUUGCAGAUCUCAUGGCACACACCCAGCUAGAUAAUCACUCUGCACCUCCUGAUGUAACCACUGGUCUGGUGGAACACUUGCAUCAUGAGCGACCACAACUAGCAUCAGUACGAGGAGUUCCCAGAGGCUACAACAGCAGCAUUUUGGAAACUGCAGAUGGUGUCCCAGUGAAUAGCAGGGUGUCCUCUAAAAUCCAGCAGCUUCUAAAUACCUUGAAAAGACCAAAGCGCCCACCUUUGAAAGAGUUUUUUGUUGAUGAUUUUGAAGAACUGCUAGAAGUGCAACAGCCUGACCCAAAUCAACCAAAGCCUGAAGGAAAUCAGAUGAGCAUUCUUAAAGGUGAACCUUUAGGUGUGGUAACCAACUGGCCACCUUCUCUGCUGGCUGCCCUGCAGCGCUGGGGAGCUACGCAGCCGAAAUCCCCAUGUCUGACUGCUUUGGAUACAACUGGGAAAGCUGUUUAUACACUUACCUACGGCAAACUGUGGAGUCGGAGCUUGAAGUUAGCAUAUACCCUGCUAAACAAGCUAACCACUAGGAAUGAACCACUGCUGAAGCCUGGAGACCGGGUAGCUCUUGUAUUUCCUAAUAGUGAUCCAGUUAUGUUUAUGGUGGCUUUUUAUGGAUGUCUCCUGGCAGAACUUAUUCCUGUCCCAAUAGAAGUUCCACUAACCAGAAAGGAUGCAGGCAGCCAGCAAAUUGGAUUUCUUUUGGGCAGUUGUGGAGUAACACUAGCUUUAACCACUGAUGCUUGUCAAAAAGGCCUUCCUAAAGCUCAGACUGGUGAGGUAGUUACGUUCAAAGGUUGGCCUCGUCUCAUUUGGUUUGUGAUUGAUGGGAAACAUCUGGCAAAACCAGCUAAGGACUGGCAUCCGCAAGUACGGGAUGCCAGUGCUGAGAUUGCUUAUAUUGAGUACAAAACAAGUAAAGAGGGGAGCACAGUGGGCAUUACUAUAUCUCAUGCUUCCAUGCUGGCACACUGUCAUGCAUUGACUCAGGCAUGUGGCUAUUCAGAAGCUGAAACACUAACAAAUGUCUUGGAUUUCAAAAGAGAUGCUGGCCUUUGGCAUGGAGUACUAACAAGUGUUAUGAACAGGAUGCAUGUCAUCAGUAUUCCCUAUGCGCUAAUGAAGGUUAAUCCACUUUCGUGGAUACAGAAAGUCUGCUCAUACAAAGCCCGUGUCGCAGUAGUAAAAUCACGUGAUAUGCACUGGUCACUUUUGGCUCAGAGGGAUCAGAGAGAUGUCAGUCUAAGCUCUUUACGAAUGUUAAUAGUGGCAGAUGGAGCUAAUCCAUGGUCAAUAUCUUCUUGUGAUGCGUUCCUGAAUGUAUUUCAAUCCAGAGGUUUGAGACCAGAAGUAAUCUGCCCCUGUGCUAGUUCCUCAGAGGCACUAACUGUUGCUAUUCGCAGACCUCCAGAACUGGGUGGGCCUCCUCCAGGAAAAGCAGUGUUAUCUAUGAAUUGUCUUAGUUUUGGUGUGAUAAGAGUGGAUACAGAAGAGAAGUUGUCCAUUUUAACAGUACAGGAUGUUGGUCAGAUUAUGCCUGGAGCAAAUGUUUGUGUCGUGAAGGUGGAUGGGACUCCUUAUCUGUGUAAAGCUGAUGAGGUUGGAGAAAUAUGUGUGAAUUCAGGUGCAACUGGAAUGGCAUAUUUUGGCCUUCUUGGAAUCACCAAAAAUGUGUUUGAGGCCAUUCCAGUGACAGCCACCGGUGUGCCUGUUUCAGAUCAACCCUUUAAGACAGGAUUACUUGGCUUUGUGGGUCCUGACUAUUUGGUGUUUGUGGUAGGAAAAUUGGAUGGCCUAAUGACAGUUAGUGGUCGCAGACAUAAUGCAGAUGAUGUAGUAGCCACAGCAUUAGCAGUAGAACCAAUGAAAUUUGUCUACCGGGGAAGGAUAGCAGUUUUUUCUGUGACCGUUUUGCAUGAUGAUCGAAUAGUGCUUGUGGCAGAGCAGCGCCCUGAUGCAUCAGAGGAGGAUAGUUUUCAGUGGAUGAGCAGGGUUCUACAGGCAAUUGAUAGCAUUCACCAAGUGGGCGUCUACUGUCUUGCCUUGGUGCCAGCCAACACUUUGCCAAAGGCACCACUUGGAGGAAUUCAUGUUUCAGAAACCAAGCAGCGCUUUUUAGAAGGUGCUCUGCACCCUUGUAAUGUCUUGAUGUGUCCACAUACUUGCGUUACUAACCUGCCUAAGCCUCGACAGAAACAACCAGAUGUUGGUCCUGCUUCAAUGAUAGUAGGAAACCUUGUUGCUGGAAAGAGAAUUGCACAAGCCUCAGGGAGAGAUGUUACCCAGUUGGAGGAUAAUGAUCAGGCAAGAAAGUUCCUGUAUUUAGCAGAUGUUCUUCAGUGGCGAGCUCAGACAACUCCAGAUCAUCCCCUCUUCUUGUUGUUGAAUUCCAAGGGCACUGUAACUAGUACUGCAUCAUGCAUACAAUUGCACAAGAGAGCAGAGAGAGUGGCAGUUGCACUGAUGGAGAAAGGACGACUGAAUGUUGGUGACCAUGUAGCCCUAGUUUAUCCUCCAGGCAUAGACUUAAUAGCGACUUUCUAUGGCUGCUUAUAUGCUGGCUGUAUACCUAUCACCGUUCGCCCACCUCAUCCACAGAAUCUUGCUACCACUCUGCCCACUGUCAAAAUGAUUGUAGAGGUCAGUAAGUCUGCAUGUAUACUUACCACACAAGUGAUAAUGAAACUUCUGAAGUCCAAGGAAGCUGCGGCAGCUGUAGAUAUUAAGACUUGGCCCACUAUUUUGGAUACAGAUGAUAUGCCGAAAAAGAAGCUGACUAAUAUUUUCAGACCUGCAUCUCCAGAUAUGUUGGCAUAUUUGGACUUCAGCGUGUCUACUACUGGCAUAUUAGCAGGAGUAAAGAUGUCACAUGCAGCUACAAGUGCCUUAUGUCGUUCUAUAAAGCUACAGUGUGAGCUAUACCCUUCGCGUCAGAUUGCCAUCUGCCUUGACCCUUAUUGCGGUUUGGGAUUUGCACUAUGGUGCUUGUGCAGUGUAUAUUCAGGUCAUCAAUCUAUUCUUGUCCCUCCUCUGGAACUGGAGAGCAAUGUGUCUCUCUGGUUGUCUGCUGUAAGUCAAUACAAAGUGCGUGUCACUUUCUGCUCGUACUCGGUGAUGGAGAUGUGCACCAAAGGGCUUGGAACACAGACUGACAUGCUGCGGAUGAAAGGAGUUAACUUGUCCUGUGUGCGAACAUGCAUGGUGGUUGCAGGGAGACCAAGGAUUACAUUAACACAGUCUUUCUCUAAGUUAUUCAAAGACCUGGGCCUCUCUGCUCGUGCAGUGAGCACUACAUUUGGGUGCAGGGUCAACGUAGCAAUUUGCUUACAGCCAAACAGGCUGGGCAAGCUGGCUGAGCAGGGAACAGCAGGACCAGAUCCAACAACGGUCUAUGUAGAUAUGAGAGCACUUCGACAUGACAGGGUACGUUUGGUAGAGAGAGGUUCUCCACACAGUCUGCCACUUAUGGAGUCUGGGAAGAUUCUUCCAGGAGUAAAGGUCAUCAUAGCACACACAGAAACCAAGGGACCUCUGGGAGACUCGCAUUUAGGAGAGAUAUGGGUGAGUAGUCCGCAUAAUGCUACUGGUUACUACACAGUGUAUGGAGAAGAAGCACUGCACGCUGAUCACUUUACUGCUCGAUUGAGUUUUGGAGACACUCAGACCAUAUGGGCUCGGACUGGAUACCUUGGCUUUCUGCGCAGAACUGAACUUACUGAUGCUAGUGGAGAGAGGCACGAUGCCCUAUAUGUCGUAGGCUCUUUGGAUGAAACACUGGAGCUCAGAGGAAUGAGGUACCACCCCAUUGAUAUAGAGACAUCUGUAAUAAGAGCACAUAAGAGCAUUGCAGAAUGUGCUGUAUUUACAUGGACCAACUUGCUUGUGGUGGUUGUGGAAUUAGAAGGCUCAGAACAAGAAGCAUUGGACCUGGUUGCAUUGGUAACAAAUGUGGUUCUGGAGGAACAUUACCUCAUAGUAGGUGUUGUAGUCAUUGUGGACCCAGGUGUCAUUCCUAUCAAUUCCCGUGGUGAAAAACAACGAAUGCACUUGAGAGAUGGAUUUUUAGCUGACCAACUGGAUCCUAUUUAUGUUGCCUACAACAUGUGAAACCAGAAAAUCACAAGGCUAAAGCACCAAAAUCUAGGGACUUUCUGAAUAGCAUCUGAAUUCAUUUGUUAUGUUUUUAAAACUGUUGAAAAACUUAGGAAAAUGGAGAUACUAAUCUUCACAGACCUUCACUUUUCAGAUUGCAUUUAAUUUCAUAAAUCCAUUAUAACAGUUAUUGCUGUCUUAGAAUGGAGAAUUUACUGGAAUUCCUGAAGGAAACUUAUGGGAACUAUCAUGGACCAAUGUGUUUUGUUUUGUUUUUUUACAAUAAUUAUGAAUGUCAGUACUUGAUGCACUGCAUAAAGGGACAUAAGGUGGGGUGGGGAGAGUACACCAGCUGUGAGGAGGACUUUUGGAAAUAAUACUGAAAGUUGUGAAAAAACAUUUGGAGUUAACCCUCCAUGAGAUUGUUUGCAAUAUAUUGGUAGUACCUGGGUUGGGACAUAACUUUCAAGAUUGCACACAUCUCUAGCAUAUUCUCCUACUGUACUGAUAGGAAUUCUGCACAUAUUUCAGGUUUAAAAAUGCAGCCUUUUUAUUUUAAAUCACUGAUUCAUCCCUAUUCAGAAGAAACAAGUUCAUUCCAAUUCCAGAUUCAAUGUAACAAGAGUUAUGCUGCUGUUCAGCUUUUUUGUACCAAGCAAAAGCAAAUACUGCAUCUGUAACAAGGUUACAUAUUGUGCCAUGCUAAACUCUGUAAUGCUAUGAACUUUAUAAUAAAAAAUUAAUAUUCAGUUUUAACUACUUGAUGCAGGAGCCUUCACUGCUCUUGCUGUUGUAACUUCAUGCUAAAAGUUGCUUGUUUUCAUAGCAUUAGUUGUUAAUUAUGGCCCUGCAUAACACCAAGUAUUUAAGAACUCAUUCCAAAGCCAAUAGUCUCUGAAUUGUUUGUAGAAAUGUUUACAAAGCAUGAUCUUACAGUAUGUUUUCCAUGAAUAUCCUGUGCUAAAACUUAUGAUAGUAAUUUUUUCCACCAUGGAAAAGAUAUUCAGUGUUAGGUGGAUCUGCUAAGGUACAAACCUUCGUCUUUUAGUUCAGUUUAGACAGACCUUCUGUUCAAGCUGAAAUAGCCAGGUGGUUGAGUCACACUGACUAAAUACAGUUUUGAAAUUUCUGCCUGAUCUAAUACUGCAGUGAACCUAAUUCAGAAAGAGAAUGUGAAGUUAUUCAACUACUUCAUGCGUUUGAAGGUAAGUAAGAGACUAGCAAAUAAUUAUUUUUAUAGAGUUAAUAAGGAGUUUGAGCUACGUUGUUUUUUUGUUUGUUUUUUUUUAGUAAUGCUUGGGUUUGGCAAAAGAGCCAGGUUUUUCUGCAAGGCAAUUUUGCCUGGAUCAGUGCCUAAGAAAGAUGGAUAUCAAUAUCCUGAUAAGAGGAUAUCAAAUGACUCUUGGUCGAAUGAACUAUAAAAUCUUCUACAAAGUGCUUUCAUAUAUAGUAGUUCUUUGCCCUCAUGGUGUUUGACUGUGGUGUAUUAUACAGCUGCAUACCCUACUAUGACUGUAAUUAUGUACAGCAUGUGUGUAACUUAUUGUCUAAGUACAGCAGCCUUUAGCAGUGGACUGUGGGACGCUCCUCGUAACACAACAGCUGGCAAAAAAAAGAAAAAAACUACCUAACCCCAAUUUGAAUGUUGUAGUUUUUUAGCAAAUAAAACAUUGUAAGAUUUUUGUAUUGAGAUAUUGGUUGACAGUGAGACAAGUUGCCUUGUAAAGUAAGACUUAAAACAAAAAGCAUUAAACAUUUCAAAACAGCUCUUGAAAAUCUGACUUGAUGAAUGUUGACACUUCUGCUGUUAGAUCAAAAACUAACUUGUUUACAGUACACAGUUUUCACCUGUAUUUUGGACAGUUCAGUGCUUGAAGAUCUUUUACUAAAAAAAAAAUAGUAAUCUUUACAAUUGCUUUACAAUUAAAGCAAUUAAAGAGCCUCAGUGCUGCAUUUCAUGUUUUCACUGAGUUCUGCGGGGGGAGCAGUGUACUUCACCAGAAAAUAAAAUGCUAUCUGGUGUGGCAUGAAGACUCCUCUCCUAACGGCUGAAAACUCUCCGGACUGCGUUUACGCUGUGCUGUGAGCAGGGCUGGCAAGAAGGGCGAAUGGGGGCGAGCGAGGCUUGGGGCGUUAUAGCCACGCCCCGAGGCUGGAGGGUGCCGCCCGCUCCACACCGCCACGGCUCCAUCUUGAAACCCCUCCCGCUGGGGGCGCUGCGGCUCCUCCCCAAGAUGGCUGCCGCGGCGCCGCUGCCCGGCGUCAGCAGCGGGCGCCGCGGCGCGCAGGGCGGUGCCAUGGUGCCGGCGGCGAGGCCGCACGGGUGCGAGCGGUGCGGGAAGGCGUUCGCGCAGGCCGGCGCCCUCGCCAAGCACCGCCGUGUGCACACCGGGGAGAAGCCGUACCGCUGCCCCGUCUGCGGCAAGGCCUUCGCGCUCUCCUCGGGGCUGGUGCUCCACAAGCGUACCCACACCGGGGAGCGGCCCCACGCCUGCCCGCUGUGCGGCAAAGCCUUCAUCUCCUCCUCGCACCUCGCCCUCCAUCUGCGCUCCCACACGGGCGAGAGGAAGUACAGGUGCCCUGCCUGCGGGAAGCUCUUCCUCCAGUCCUCCCACCUGGCACGCCACAAGGCCAUCCACACUGGCGAGCGGCCCUUCAAGUGCGAGGACUGCGGCAAGCACUUCGGGCGUGCCUCGCACCUCCAGACCCACCGCCGCGUGCACACUGGCGAGAGGCCCUUCAAGUGCCUGCAGUGUGAGAAGGCCUUCACGCAGAAGGCGGGGCUGGUGCUCCACGUCCGCCUGCACACAGGGGAGAGGCCCUACAAGUGCAACAAAUGCGGGAAGAACUUCCGCUCCUCCGCUCACCUUGUCUCACACCAGCUUCUUGAGUCUGGUGAGAGGAACUUCAAGUGCUCCACCUGUGGGAAGGCCUUCAAGCAGGCCUCGUCCCUCAAGCAGCACCUGAAGACCCAUGAGGUACGUGAGCCUCACCGCUGCUCAGUCUGCAGUCGAGCCUUUUCCAGGUCCUCGUACCUCCAGCUUCACAUGAGAACACACAGCAGUGAGCGGCCGUACCACUGCUUGGUGUGCAACCGGACGUAUGCCAAAAUCUCCACUUUUGAAAAGCACUGUAAAAAGCACCAGCAGGAAGAGGAGAGGUCCAACGUCAGACCUGGUUCAGUAACCACCAGGGCAAAAGCACUGGCUGAAAAAAAGACUCAAGAACUGCAGCACCAAGAUGAUGACUGUGAGCAACCUCACCAGGCUGACAUAAGACGGCAGCAGGAGGAAAGGCUGUAAGAGUUACUAAAAUGAGCUGCUCCUUGUCCUCCGCAAUGUGACUGGGGAGAGGUACUGUCUGGUUUAAUUUUUAUUGAAUGAAAAUGACAUGCUGCAGCAGGGCUCUCCCAGAGAGCAUUUCCAAAUGGACUUCUUCGUCUGACUUAGUGAUUCAGCGCAAACGCUUUUUUGGGGCAUAGCAGAUAGGUAGAAACUUGCAGAGGCUGCCUGCAGCCAGUGUCAUAUGCAGAACUCUGUGUUAUGGAAGGGCUCACCCUGUUCACGUGCCCUGGUGAAUGUUUUUACACAAGUAGCACUAUCUAACACUGACUUCCAAAGGUUUCUGAGCAACUGAAGCACCUGCUUUUACAAAGAGUGAUAAAUGGAUACUUCUGUGUAUGUGAGAAAUAAAUUAAGUUGUAGUUUCUUAAAUGAAGAUAGAUUUCAUUUGAAGAGGAAAGGGAGGUGGCACACCCACAGAAAACAGAUGGGUAAUAACAGAGGGUUUAGGAAACACGCAAGAAUUUUUCCUGUAAAGCGUGAUUUGUUUUUAAAAGCAUUGUACAUAGCCAGAAGAUAGCAACUUUGAGCCUUUUUCAUUUUUCUGUUAAUUACAAGGCUUGUACAUAGUAUCCAGAUACUGCUGCACUGCAUGUUUUAUUGUGACAUUACCAAAGCAGCUAAACUCAUCAAAUCUAAUGAGGGCAGGUUUAAAAAAAUCCAUAUUUUUUUAUUUUAGACUAAAUUAGUGGGCAUGGAAAACACCAUAACAAACAAAUGGUAAGCCCUGUUUUCUCCUGAAUUAAGAAAUUGUAGUUGGUUAAGCAAGCUGGUUACCAUACUGAGGGAAUGAUGGAAGUUGUGGUGAAAGGGUUGCUGUAAAAGCAGAAUUUUCAAAUGUACCAUUGUGUUAGGUGGGAUUCCAGUGACUACUGAAUAAUUCUGUAAACAUUAAGAAAAGCACCGUUAAUGCAGCAAUGUUCUGAGCUAGCACUUUGUACUGACUUUUUAUAAGCUUUAUGUCAUUCUAGAAACAGUACUGUGAGGCUAUUUUAAGCCUUUAUUUGUUGCUUACUAUUACCUAGGAAUGUAUUAUAGCAGAAAAAAAGGAAACACUGAGUUAAUUUUAAAUGCGUGUUCCUAAUUUUCUGUAGAGUUAAUGAUUUUUUAAAGCGAACUAUUUUUUCCCUGCUAUCCUGUGAAUACAUGUAUUUUGCACUUCAAGGAUCUUAAAACAUCUGGUUCUGGUUUCUGCAGCGUAUUCAUAACUGUGUUUUAGCAAUUUUAUGAAAGAAAAAGGGAAUUUAUGAAAGCUUGCACAUAUAAAGCAUUUAAAGUAUUGUAGUGUAUCCGGUCAGAAAUCACGUUAGUGGAUAAUAGAGCUGAAUUACAUCUAACUAGUUUACAGUUAAUGAAACUGCAACUUUUUUUUUUUUUUUUUUUUUUUUUAACUUCUUGCACUUUGGGAUUUAUUUGAUGCUGGCUAUACUAAGAUAUAACUCUUAUUGUUGAAUUAAUAUUUAUAUUUAGCUGGUUAACAUACUUUUAGUAUUUACGUGGCCAGAUACUUUAAAUGAGAUGUUUCUAAGCCAGAGUUUCUUGUCAUGACAAAUUAUAAUGCAAUUUUUUGCUACAGUCUUUAGAUGUUGUUGUGUGACCAACGUUGCUGUUUAGAAGGAACACACUGUGUUUUAUUUACAGUUCUGUUAUGCCAAUGCUGUAAAAGCAGAGUUCUAUCAUUUUGUAUUUCAAUACAUGUUAUUAUUAAAAUAAUAUACACUGUC